CCAUCCACUACAGUAGGUGGCAGUGUGGAGCCGUCAUGUUACUCGGUGACCAGCAGAAGAAGACGUCAGCGCGCUGAGCGGUGAAAAGCAGAGCGUCGCUUCUCUUCUCUCUUAUUCGACCUGCGGCUCCGCUCAUCAGCCAUCUGUGAUCUGCGAGUGAGAAGCUACAUUCAAGAUGUCGGAUGAGGGUAAAUUAUUCAUCGGAGGUCUGAGCUUCGAGACCAACGAGGAGUCUCUGGCCGCGGCCUUCGGCAAAUAUGGAACCAUUGAGAAAGUGGAUGUGAUCAGAGACAAAGAGACGGGGAAAUCUCGCGGUUUCGGCUUUGUGAAAUACGAUAACGCAGAAGAUGCCAAAGACGCAUUGGACGCCAUGAACGGCAAGACUAUUGAUGGCCGGGCUAUUCGCGUGGAUGAAGCAGGAAAGGGUGGCCGCUCUAGAGGAGGUUUCGGUUCAGGCCCGCGUGGCGGCAGAUUCAGUGGAUCCCGGGGGAGAGGGGGUCGUGGUUACUCCAGAGACUUUGGAGGUGGGGGAUACAACGGCGACAGGGGAUAUGGCGACAGGGGCUACAGUGAUAGGAGCUUCGGAGGUGGAGAGAGGAGCUUUGGUGGUGGCGGUGGCGGAUACAGGAGUGGGGGAUACUCCUCAGGUGGCUACAGAGAAAAUAGGGGUCAGGGUGGAUAUGGUGACCGCUCUGGAUCCUACCGCGAUGGAUAUGACAGCUAUGCUACACACGAGUAAACAUCUCCCUGAUUCAAGAUCAUCACUUGGCUGGCUGUAUUUCAAAGAUGCGCUCCUCAAGAAAAAUGUCCACGUGUUAUUGCUGACCUUAGUUUUGUAGUUCUGUUGUAGUAGCUCAAGCAUCUUAAAGACAAAUGUAGCCAUGAGUUUUGGUCAUUCCUAACAAACCAUGUUACAAAUUACAGUUCAGGACUCUUACCUUGCUUGAUUGGGCACCUUUAUUUCUCUAAAAGCUCGUUUAACUAAAAGGCACCUCUGUAAUUUGAUUAGUACAAGUCCCAAUUUGGGGAUCAAACCACGGCUCUCCACAUGGCUUUUCGUUGAGCAGCCACAUCCGUCGCUGUAGACUCUUUGUCCAGCACGUUGAAGUUUUUCCUCAUUUGAUUCCUUUAGUUUGAGUUUUUUUUUUCUUUUUUCUUUUUUUUUUUUUUUCCUUUUUAUACUUAAGUAUCCGAUGGGGCUUGUUUUUUGUUUUGUUUUUUUUUUCUUAUUUCCCCUCUCAGUCUCUGACUCACCUACCUCCUGUCAGGUUUUAAACUGAGCGAGGAAAGAGAUCCAUUUACUCUAGAACAGACUUUGGGGAUUUUAUGCUAAAUUCCUUUUACUAUCAAAAACUUAGUUUAGCUGAGGCUCCUGUGUGUUCAAUUUCCCAAAAGAGUGAAUUCCUUUCAGACUGGUGAACUACACAUCCGAAGUGGCCGGCUGUUCAUGAAGUUGCAAAUUGCAGCAUGCUACAGUCUGUCCAAGGUAUCUUCUGUGCUCUGCUCAACAUCUGCAUUUUAAAUGUGCUGUAAAAUGGACUAAUCUUGUUUAAGUGAUCGAAAAAUGUAACUUCGUUUCCCCAAAGUAAUAUCUCAACCGGGAACAGUUUUGUACUUUAUGUUCUUUGUAUGAUCAACAUUUUUUUUUCUUUGUCAGUUUGGCUUCAUGGAGCCUAUUAAACAGACUGUGGAAAAUAA